UGGGAACAGAUUGCAGGGCAGAGGCCAGGCCUGGGUCUCUGGCCAAAGGGGGCCAGCAAAGGAGAAAGUGGGCAACAUCUAAGAUUGGGAGCGAGCGCGCACCAGGGGCUGGGGCGGCGGAAGGAGGAAUAAGCAGGUCUACAACUGGGGAAGGGGUUGGAGCCAACAGGAGGAUUCAGAAGAGGUGGGAAUCAAGGCAAAGAAGAGGACACAGGUUGGAGGAGAUCUGUGGCUGGAGUGACAGCUGACUGGGAGUAGAAGGCAGAGAUGGGAGCCCAGCCGAGAAACAAAUCCUGGAUGGAAGAGGGCUCCUUGCCUCUGUGGGCAGUGGUGGGCUCCACAGGUUGGCCUGUCGGCCAUUUCUGCCUCUCCGCCUGCCUCUUCCUGGUAGAGUUGGUGGCCAGCCGGGUGACCGGCUCACUGCUCCUGCUUUCCUGUGCAUUCCACACCCUGGGAGGUGUACUGGCUCUUGCUGUGGCCUUGACCGAUGCCUGGCUGGCGACCGGAGGACACCCCAGUCGGAGGAAUACCUUCGGGUGGGUGCGAGCUCGCAUUGCGGGCACCCUGGCCAGCGCCAUCUUCCUGAGCGCCCUGUGCCUUGCGCUCCUGCCCGAGGCGCUCCGCAGGGUGGCCGAUCCACACGUCACACAGCAUGCGUUGGCCCUGAUGGGGAUCGGGGCCGUGGGGAUCCCGAUCCACCUUGCCAGGGUGGGAUUGCAUGGCCAGCAUCCCCAAGACCCAGGCACGAGGCCGUGCUGCAGCAGGAGGAGGGUGACCGAAGGAGACAGCUGUGCCCAGGAGAUGGAAGAUUUGCUCAGCAACGGCUCCUCGGCCAUUGGGCAGCCCUGGAUGGAGGAGGCCAGGGAGGCCAGACCCAUGCCAUCCUCAGAAAAACUGGGGCAGUGGACAACGCUUUGCCUUGGUUGGGUGGUUGCCUGCCUGGGCCCUGUGGCCGUCCUUCUGUACUCUCUCAUGUUCCACCUGCUGUGGCCUCCUUGCCUGGGCGAUGCAGCCUGCCUCAGCCACUGCCCCAGAUCCCCCUGUUGGGCCUGGCAUACUGCAGAGGCACUGCAGUGGGGACACGCCUCUUGCUGGCUACUCUACCUGGACCCUGGGCUCGCUUUGGCUGUGUCGGUGGCCCUGCUGUGCUUGGCGUGGCCGGCCCUGCACAGCUCCGCUCUGGUCCUCAUGCAGGCCACACCGGAAGAGCUGGACCUGAGGCUGCUGGAGCUGCAGCUGCGGGCCACGGAAGGCGUGGUGGCCGUGCGGGACCUCCGCGUUUGGCAGCUGGACGGGCCCAGCAGCUUAGUGGGCACGGCCCACGUGCACUGCCGGGACGUGGCCAUGUGCGAGGCCGUGAUGGACAGGGUCCAGCGGGUGUUCUGCGAGCAUGGCAUUCACGCCGCCACGGUGCAGCCAGAUCUCGGCGUUUCUCCAGGCGGCGGGUGGUGCGAGGGGGUGCCACGAAAGAGGUGCCUGGCCCCGUGCCCUGCCUUGGUCACGGAAUACGAGACCACGGUGUGA